UUAGGGAGCGAUGGCAACACUAUAGUGGCGCUGUGACUGGUGGAGAAGUGGUGACGUCAGAGGGCAUGAGCUGACUAUGAUUGGUGGAAGAGUUAUGUCGUCAGAGGCGAUCGACGGGCUUCGAUUGGUGGAGGAAUGAUGACGUCAGAGGACAUUGACGUGGUCUCCAUUGUUCACCGUUCAUGAACUGAGUCUCUUCUAGGUUCUCUUGGUGGAUGGUGAUGUGUGGUGGCGUGGUGUGUUUAUGAAUUUAAUGUUAUUUAAAAGAAUCCCAAAUGAAGCCUGGAGGAUAAUUAUACAAUAUCUUUAGAAAGUGGUAUGUGUUAAGGCCUGGUGGAGCCGGGAGGGGCAAGUCGAGUGCAUCUUGUGAGUGUUUUAGUGCAGUGCGUGGUGUUGGAGGAGAUGGCGGCCUCAGCGCUAUGAUAUGUGCGGCCACAGAUAGGGAGGCGGCGUGCAGGAGCGUUGGAGGUCCUGGAGGUGGCUUGGCCGGAGGAGGAGGUGGUGUAGGAGGCCUGCUGGGAGGUAGUGCAGUGUUUGCCAUGCCUUUAUCCCGCACCAGAUCUCUACUGGCCAACAUCAACGGUGCUAGCUCCCCCGGGGACUCCACCACCCUCUCCAACACCACUUCCAACGCCACCACCGGCGCCAACACCUACCUAGACAGCGGUACCAGCACCCACUUACCUCCCCUCAAACCCCUCGUCAUGAAGACCACUGGGGCGCAGUCUAUCACGCAGCUCUACGAAUUCGAUGACACGAAUUCCAACUCAGAGCAGAACGGUCAGCCCAAUUCUGUUUCGAGUCAAGUCAGCGCCGACUCCUCGAGCCUCCCGGUAGUUAGGCCUACUUCAGCAGACUCUAGUAGCCUAAAAAACGGCUCAACCAGACAACCAAAGACCUAUGUAGCGACCCCCGAACAGGUUAUGAAAUAUUAUAUGAACAAACUCACCCCUUACGAACAUAAAGAAAUUUUUAAUUAUCCACAAAUCUACUUCAUAGGCGCCAAUGCGAAGAAGAGGCCCGGGAUUAUAGGCUCGGGGAACCAAGCUAUCUCCUCUAACUAUGGCUACGACGACCACCAAGGGUCGUACGCGCACAUUCCUCACGACCACAUCCAGUACAGAUACGAAGUGCUCAAAAUCAUAGGCAAGGGGAGCUUUGGGCAGGUAGUGAAGGCCUACGACCAUAAGAGCCACCUCCAUGUGGCUCUGAAGAUCGUCAGGAAUGAGAAGCGAUUCCACAGGCAGGCGCAGGAGGAGAUACGCAUCCUGGAACACCUCAGGAAGCAGGACAAGGACAACACCAUGAACAUCAUCCACAUGUUCGACCACUUCACCUUCCGUUCCCAUACCUGUAUCACCUUCGAGCUCCUCUCUAUCAAUCUCUACGAGCUCAUUAAGAAGAAUAAGUUCAUGGGGUUUAGCCUGCAGCUGGUACGGAAGUUUGCCCACAGUCUGCUUCUGUGUCUGGACGCUCUCUACAAGAACAAGAUCAUCCAUUGUGAUAUGAAGCCGGAAAACGUUCUCCUCAAACAACAGGGACGCAGUGGCAUUAAGGUAAUUCACAAAAUGAUAUCCUUAACUUUGUUAACCUUAAUUAUAUUACAUUCGUCGGGAAGAGAUUUUAAUUAGUAAUACUGAAAAAUGUUAUUAGAGUAAGUGGAUUUUUGUAAUUUUACUGUUAAGGCCAAGUGCUUAAGUAAGUUUACUAAGUACAAUUACGUACAGUUGUCUUGCGUCGUAACAUAAGUGUAAAUUACCUAGAAUAAACCAGUAAAGUCAAAGUGAUUUAUUUCCAGCGGGGUCCUUGAUUUCCAUAGUUGUCGUUAUCCAGGUUGCCACCCACAGCAGUCAAAUGAAACAAGGUAUCAAUUCACUGGCUGCUAGGUGAACAUGGACGCAGGUGUAAGGAGACGUACUCAUACGUCUACUUCACGUUCAAAAUACCAACUACAAUAAUCGACUAACUCACGUACCUAUUUAUGGGUAGGUGAGCAGGGGGCCUGGUGGCUAAAGCUCCCGCUUCACACACGGAGGGCCCGGGUUCGAUUCCCGGCGGGUGGAAACAUUCCGACACGUUUCCUUACACCUGUUGUCCUGUUCACCUAGCAGCAAAUAGGUACCUGGGUGUUAGUCGACUGGUGUGGGUCGCAUCCUGGGGGACAAGAUUACGGACCCCAAUGGAAAUAAGUUAGACAGUCCUCGGUGACGCACUGACUUUCUUGGGUUAUCCUGGGUGGCUAACCCUCCGGGGUUAAAAAUCCGAACGAAAUCGUAUCUUAUCUUAUCUGUCCCAACCUGCCUGGGAAACGAAUCCGGACCCUUUCGGUCACAUUGACACACUCCGUCCUCUUCUAACGACUCCAGUAGCCGUCUUAAGUAAUUCAACAUUUUCUGAUAGUAAUAUUAAUUAAAUGUUUCAGUGUAUGUACACCUAGAGAUGUGUUUUCUAUGUACAUUUACCGAGAGAGAAGUCUCAGUAUAUAUGCACUGAGAGGCGUGUCAGUGUAUAUUUACUGAUAUACACACUGAGAGGUAUGUCUUAGUGUAGAUACAAUUAACAAUUUGCAGUAACUAAUUUAUCAGUAAUUAAGGUAUUCUUACAUUAUUUGUAUACACAUGAUACACCGCUUUCAUGACCCUGGUGUAGUCGGUAGGUUUUAAUUAAACCUCCCCUCAAGGAAGGUUCCUUGAUGUUGGUGAGGAGCUCUUGAUUUAAGGAAUUGGAUCUGUGCUCCAGUUUCCCGAAUUAAGCCUGAAUGCCUUCCACAUCCCCCCCCCAGGUGCUGUAUAAUCCUCCGGGUUUAGCGCUUCCCCCUUGAUUAUAAUAAUAAUAAUUUAAUUAAAC